GUAGGGGGGAGACAGCAGCGACAAUGCAGGGCUAUUAUCAACCAGAAAAUAAAGACAUAUGAAGAAAUGCAGCAUAUAAUUGAAGAUUGGUGGAUAAGAAAAAGGGACCAUUAUAUAAACGUUAACACAAAUACCUUUACUUUUCAUUGGAGAGUCUUCUCCCUCUCAUACGCACUCCUGUCAUUUGUAGCUUUUUAUGAUCUGGGAGGAAGCUGCAGGCCAGUGGAUGUUAAAGAAUGAUGGAAACGAUACUGAAACGGAAAUGCAGUAUAUUUACUUUCUGUCUUUUCACCUUAGUAGGGUUUGGUGGUGCUCAGACUCUGCCACCAGUUGUGUGGUAUGAUGCAGCACUCAGAGUCUCUAUCCCCGAUGUAGUCACCCUAGUAAACGGCAGCUCCAAAGACAUAAACAUUACUGUAAAUGCUCCAUUGAAUGACACUGCUGUGUUUGCUUUCAAUAUUACCUAUUCUUCAAAGAACAAAACCAUUGUCCGUCUUCCAGAAGAAGUUGUCCUAUUAGCCAAAACUGUUAGUUCUGUGUUUACUGUCACUGCGGAGGAUGUGGGGCAGCUCACUGCCUAUCUGCACAGCAAUGAUUCUCACAAGACUGGGCCAAGAAUUCGGUUCCUGGUGAUCCACAGCCGUGUUGUGGAGGUGUUAGAGCAGAUCAUUGGCUGGAUUUAUUUUUUGGCCUGGUCUGUGUCCUUCUAUCCACAAGUGUUUGAGAACUGGCGAAGGAAAAGUGUUGUCGGCCUGAGUUUUGACUUCCUGGCAUUAAAUCUUACUGGCUUCAUAGUAUACAGUGUUUUCAAUGUUGGACUUUUCUGGAUCCCCUAUAUUAGGGAACAAUUUAUUCAGGUCUACCCUAAUGGAGUGAUACCAGUGGAUGCCAAUGAUGUCUUUUUUAGCCUCCAUGCGGUGGCGCUAACACUUGUCACAAUAAUUCAGUGCUGUAUUUAUGAGCGAGGGACCCAGACGGUUUCUAAGGUGGCGGUUGGACUUCUGGUCAUUGCCUGGUUAUUUGCGUUCUCCAUGUUGUUUGUAGCAGUGGCAGGAAAAGUCACCUGGCUUCAAUUCUUAUUCUGCUUUUCCUAUAUAAAGCUGGCAAUUACCCUAAUGAAAUACUUUCCACAGGUCUACAUGAAUUUCCAUCGGAAAAGCACACAGGGAUGGAGUAUUGGAAACGUGCUGCUUGACUUCACAGGCGGCAGUUUCAGUAUUAUACAAAUGUUCUUGCAGUCUUAUAAUAAUGAUGAAUGGAAGUUAAUAUUCGGCGACCCCACAAAGUUUGGUUUGGGUUUAUUCUCGAUCAUUUUUGACAUUAUAUUUAUAACACAGCACUAUUGUUUAUACAGGAAAAGAAGGGGCUAUGAAAACGUUUACUAAAGAGGACCACACUUUUUUUUUUUUUUUUUUUUAAA